AUGGCCUCUGACAUGGAUAACGGUACAAGACUGCGUGCAAAUGCAGCCAAACAGUCAAAGCCUUUUGAUUCAGCUGUUUCAAACCCGACCCAUUCAUCCGUACCAUCAGAUGCAACAUCAAAAGAACCUUCUCGAGCCUUUUCAAUAUCUGGCACUCGUUUUAUAGAUUUUAUUGAGGCUGCUCAUGCAUGCAUUCGCAUGUUUAAAGCAUUUUUAUAUUCACUGCUGGCUGUAUGGGUUGCUUAUGGAUCUUCUGCCAUGGUGCAUCGCGGUGGUAACUUUGACAACACCUUGAUUAUUAUUGGCGAUGACUUUGCUGCUGGUGUUGGCGAUAAUCCAAAUCUGGGCAGUAUUCCAGGCUUGGCUCGAUUCUUGGCAAGAGAGCUUGCAAAGGAAAGUAGAAUUAAGCAAACUUGGUCUAUAUUCAACUGUGGUGUCAAAGGAUCAACCUCGUUCCAAUGGCUUCCGUCAAGCGAACAGACUGCAUCUCAACAACACCCCACUCAUUUUGAGAGGCUGUUUGAAAAGCCAAAGUAUGCUCGAGCACAGGUGGUUAUUCUUUUAGUAGGUUUCAAUGAUUCAAGAUCUGCCAUGACUACUGGUGUGGAAAUAUCACCAGAGCAAACUAUUGGAAACAUACACUCUAUUUGCAAAGCUUUGCAAGAUAUGGGUAAAGAUGUCUACGUCUGCCCAGUCGCCAACACGGGUGAUUCUAACGUAUCUGACGCAGUUCUUGAACAGAAUAUGCGUCUUAAUACAAUGAUUUUAGAGUACACUACAAGAGGUGACAAGGAACAUGUAUUUGCUGGACCCAACAUAGAUGUCAUGAAUUUUGAAUACCGCGUAGAUCGGUAUUAUGAUGAAGACAAGAUGCACUUUAACGCAAAGGGUUAUGAAAAAUUUGCCAAAGAUUUUGUAGAUGUGAUUGCAAACCGACUUGUUAAAAUUGAAUUUGCCAAGUUCUCAAAAGUUCUUGGACUGAAUAAAUAAACAUAGCCAAAA